AUGCCUCGCGCCAACGAAACUACCUCCAAAAUCUUCUACAAGGGCAAGUCUGAGGACUUCGUUGUCUUUGUCGACGACCUGGAGAUCCUGAAGAAGUGGAGAAACGACCGCAGCAUCGCCCUCGCAGAUGUUUUGAACGGCUGGAAGAUCUUCGUAACUCACUCCCACGGUGCCCAGGGUGUCCUGGACACUGCCAGCAACGCCGCUCUGGAGAACGAGUUCGGUACCAAGAACGAGGACGAGUGCAUGAUCAAGAUCCUUGAAGGCGGCGAGUUCCAGACCAACACGGCCCGCGAGCGCGAGGGCAGUAAGAACGACUCCAAGGGCUCCAUGGCCAUCGGCCGGUAA